GAAGGCACAAGGAGAGACGGAUGGAUGAUUUUCUCUGUGUGAGUGCUUCUUCUCUCUAGAGCUGCCUUGCUCUCUCUCUGUCCGUCUCCAUAUCCGAGGCUGCCACGAGGACACUCCGUUCGUGGAAUUGGACCCUCUUUGUUUGCUCUACGUUUGGAGAGGAAUAGAAGAAGAAGAAGAAGGCCUCCUUGAUCGCUCAAGUCCACAAUUGCAGACUGCAAAUACUAUUACGACUUCCACGCUUCAUAAAGCUCACUCCUUGAGCUGAGUGAGACGGCUUGGGGAAAUAUGGUGCCUCCCCCUCAGUCUGAUAGUGUUCCAAUCAAAACAUGACCAAGUUCGGCUCCUACGUACUGCUCGUCCUAGUUCUAUUGGGUCUGUCAAAGGAAACAUGGGCCGAGUACAACCUCACGGACUACGUCAUUCGUCCCAUUUCGCUUAACACACGGGGCAGUGUGGGUCCGGGUCGAGUGUGUCCGCCCAAAGAGGUGGCCGUAGGAUUUCGCAUGAAGAUCCAGGACUUUUCUGAGAUGAGGGAUAACACCGCCUUGAAUGCCAUCCGGUUGAUCUGUAGCAAAGGAGGUGAGGUCAUCUCAUCCGAGGGCGCCAACGGAGAAUGGACCGAUAUCCUCAAGUGUCAAGGCAAGGGUGACUACGUGACGGGAGUGAAGAUCCUCACCGAGAAAUGGCAAGGAUGGGAUGAAGACGAUGUGGGAGCGAUUGACUUCGAAGGCAUCUGCUCUUCCGAUAUCCGUCUUCGGCAUCGAUCCGUCAAAUCCUGGAUCCAAGCACGUGGCCUGUGGAGUGAGGAGAGGCGUUGUCCGAGUGACGCCCCUGCCAUAUGUGGGAUCAAGACCCGGGUGGAUUUUGAGCGCCUGGAGCAUGAGACACCGGAUAGUAAAAACGACAAGGCCGGCUUGACCGGAGUCCAAUUCAAGUGCUGCCAAGUUGAAAAGCCAUAGCGGAUGUGCGAAAUGACUGUUUGAAUAUUGCAACAACCUUGAACUCUAAUUAGAGGAACAUGUGGCUUCUUGAGUUGAGUCGCAACGAGCACAUUCCACUACUAAAUAGUCGUUGUAUUUGUAAUUUUUGCCGCCGCCUCCUCCUCCUCCAGAGCCUUGAGCCUAAUACAGAAAUACCCGAUUUUUA